UGUCUAAAUACAAUGUAAAUAGCAUACAGAACACAAUUUUGCUCCGAUUUUAUCAUGAUUAUCAGAAAAAGGAGAGUUUUUGCCGUUGCUUUGAUAGUGAUAUGGCUUUUAGGAAUACUGUAUUUCACAUCGGAUUCGGGGUUAUUACGGAGCGAGCCGCCAAAGUAUAUUCACAAAGAAGUAGGAGUGGAAAGACCAGCCUUUGAUGAAGAGGCUUAUCUUAAAGGUGGAGCACUGAAGGAUGGAGAAGAUAAAUAUGAUAGGAAUCAAUUUAAUCAAGCCGCAAGUGAUGCUAUUGGGGGAGAUAGAACAGUUCCAGAUACUAGACAUUCACAAUGUAGAUAUAAAGAAUAUUCUAAAGAACUACCUGCAACAACUGUUAUAAUAACAUUUCACAAUGAGGGAAGAUCAACCCUUCUUAGAACUGUUAAAAGUAUAUUAAAUAAGAGUCCACCAAGCCUCAUCACAGAAAUAAUAUUAGUAGAUGACUUCAGUGAUAAUGUUGAUGAUGGUCAGCUCUUGUUAGGGCUUCCAAAGGUCAAAGUUCUUAGAAAUGACAAAAGAGAAGGGUUAAUACGAUCUCGUGUUAAAGGAGCAAAUGCUGCCACCAGCACUAUAUUAACAUUUCUUGACAGCCACUGUGAGUGUAAUGUUGGCUGGUUAGAGCCUCUAUUACAGAGAAUUGUAGAGGAUAGAACAGUUGUAGUUAGUCCAAUUAUUGACGUAAUCAACAUGGAUGAUUUUAAUUACCUUGGAGCUUCAGCAGACAUUAAGGGAGGAUUUGAUUGGAGUCUACAUUUUAAGUGGGACAGCUUAACAACGAAAGAGAAACAAGCGAGAAAGAAAAAUCCAGUGGCACCAAUUAGAACGCCGAUGAUUGCUGGUGGCUUAUUUGUGGUGGAGAAAGCCUGGUUCGAGAAAUUAGGGCAGUAUGACGUCAUGAUGGACAUCUGGGGCGGAGAAAACUUUGAAAUCUCCUUCAGGACAUGGCAAUGUGGAGGAAGCAUGGAAAUCAUUCCUUGUUCAAGAGUUGGUCACGUGUUCAGAAAAAGACAUCCCUAUUCAUUUCCUGAUGGAAAUGCCAACACUUACAUGAAGAAUACCCGCCGAACGGCUGAGGUUUGGAUGGACGAGUUCAAGAGAUUCUAUUAUGCUGCACGUCCCAUGGCGCGGAGUGCCAAUUAUGGAAGUGUGAAAUCAAGAAAAGAGCUGCGGGAACGUCUAAAAUGCAAGCCAUUCAAGUGGUAUUUGGAGACUGUUUAUCCAGAUCUUCAAGUCCCUGAUUCAAAGGAUGUGUCCUUCGGGGAGUUGAAGCAAGGCAAGAAAUGUCUGGAUACACUUGGUAGCCAGGCCGGCGGCUCUAUCGGCCUAUUCGAUUGUCACGGACAGGCAGGAAAUCAGGAGUGGGCUCUCACAAAAACAAGUUUAGUACGUCACCACGACAUGUGUUUGACGCUCAAAGACUCUUCGCCUGGAAGGCCAGUUGUAAUAGAAGGCUGUCGAGAUACUGACAACGAACAGAUGUGGGAACACACCCCUAAACGCACUCUGCGCCACAGACAGUCUGGCUUGUGCCUGGACAGCAAAGACGUCAAGAGUGGUCAACACGUGACGGUAGAUAACUGUGACAUCGACAAUUAUUCCCAAAUAUGGCAAUUCUCUCUUAACAUGAACAAUUAACUCUAAUUUCUUUCUAUGAAGUAAUUUUUUUACGACUAAAAAACAAAAUAGUAGACAGCAGUAAAUAUUUUAUAGUAUCUGACUUCUGAUAAUUUUGUACAAGAGUAAAAAAAAAAAAAGUCUGCCAAUUUUACUUUGAUUCCAGACACUUUUGAUUAUUAACAACUAUUAACAACUAUUCACCGAAGUCGAAAUGGAUAUUACUUAGUUGCGAAGCGGUGAAGUUAAAAUCCACCGCAAGCCACUGACAUAAUAUACUAAAACAGUGAGAUAAAAUGGCACAAAAAGAAGAUUUGAACUCAUUUAUUCGUGCGACGAUUACAAUAUUUUCGGGCGCAAAUCCUGCGCUAUUGCUCGGAGGUGAAGAGGAAGGGAUAUUUGGAUUUUGAGUAGCCAAUCAGAGCGUGCCUUUAUCGCUAUCCUCUGUUUUAGUAUAUACUAACAAUUGCAAUAGCAUAAGGUACUUUUCUUAAACUUCUAGAACACGUGCGAUGACGUUCUGGCAAGUUUUGAGACGGUAAUCGUAGGAACCCCGUGUGCUUAAUAACGUGAUUUGGUUAAAUAUCUUGACAUUGUCCGUGGGUUACCACAGAGAUUGACUGAUAAAAUCAUACCUGCUAGGGCUUGGGUUUUCAUUCUUAGCUUUAUAUGAUUUUUUUUUUAUGUCACUGAUUUGUAUAUACAGCUCAAUCUUAACCAUUCGGUGAACUUCAAUUAAUCAAUCAAGUUUUCAACAGUGUUGCUUAGGUUACGUCAGCUUCCGAAAGCAUUUGCAUCAAUCUCCUCGAAGUUUUUUAUCCAUUAUUGGAAAAAUGUAUUGAACAAGAGAUAGAAUAACAAUUAAUGGCUAAAAUUGAUGGUAACAAGAUUGAGUUGAGUACAAACCAGGGAGUAUUUAGGCGAAUAAUUUCAAACCGGCCGAGCGCGAUUUGAAAUUAGCCUGCUGACUGGCAGGCUAGUCAGACAUCUUCAGUACAUCCAGUUUUUGUUUUCAAGCUGGCCCUGAGAGCUGGAAAGAUAGAACAGCCACACUGCAGAGACAAACUUCGUUCUAAUUCAUAUACUGCAGAGACAAACUUCGUUCUAAUUCAUAUACUGCAGAGAUGAAUAUCGUUUGAACUUGACAGGAAGGAUAGAGUAAAAACCUUGCCCUCCCUUUCCUAGCAAAAAACUUUGGGAAUAUGAAACUUGAGCUUUUUCAUAAACACAAACAUCAGCUAAUUUAAACAAACGAGCGUGCAUGACUAUUUAUCUAUCCAUUUUGCAAUGUGAAUAGGUAGCGAAUAAUUCCUAUAGAAUAAAAUUUAGUGUACAGUUCAAUUUGAUCAAUGCUCGUAUCACCGUUGUGUUAUUAGGACGUUUUACAAAUAGGGAAUUGGGUACUGAGAUGUAAAGCAAUAAAGGUUUUUAUAAGGCUCUUUCUAAA